GCUCUUGGUGCUACUCAGCUGCUGCGCCUGGAGCAGCGAUGCCGAGGCUCAGGAAGAUAUCGUCGUUGCGGCCGCCGAAGCCGUGGAAACCGCCAAGGCUGCGCACAGCGGCCGGCGGCCGGCGCACAGCUAUGCGCCACCCGACGUCUCCAGCGAUGUUUGCUGGGUCGGCGAUUACUCCAAAGACCAGUGCUGCCAAGGAGAUUCGUCGACCCACGCGGAUUGCUGGGAUGACCUCUACAGCUACGAGGAGUGCUGCCCCAACGCGGAUUGCUGGGACGGCAGCAAGUUCACUUAUGCACACUGCUGCGACCUGCAGCAUGGACCGACCGGGCACGAGGGGUGUUGGUCUGGGGACUACACCUACGAGCACUGUUGCCUGGCGAACCGCAGCUCACAAAGCUGGGUUGACAUCUUCGUCCGUGGGAUCGACACGGAUCAGUUCUAUGGGAUGGACGAGUUCUAUACCGAUGCCCAGUACGGCGGGGACUUCGGAUACUACUCCACCGGGCGUGUCUUGGGCAAGAGCGACGGGAAGACAGCCCAGGAGUUCGCGCACUACACCACCUACCCCAUGGCGCUCUCGCCACAUUUCG